UUUGCGUUCAAAGCGGUUUCGAGUGCAAUGACGCCCGACUUUAGCAGAAUAUGCCGGUUAUGUUUAAUUGAAGAAUAUUCCCUAGUGCCCAUUUUUGAUGAAGGAAAGCAGGGCAGGCAGGCGGUACCUCUCUCACAACAAAUGAUGACCAUUGCCUCACUGAAGGUAUCUUCAUGUGAUGGGCUCCCGAAUAAGAUAUGCCACAGUUGCCUCAAUCAAGUCCAUAGAUCAUUUGAAUUUAAGACCCAAUGUGAGCGAUCUGAUGCAACUUUGAGACAGUUCAUUGGACGUCAAGUCCAUCCGUCAGCCAACACUCAGGCUCUCCAAAAUCUAUCACAAAAUGACAGUAAUCUGUCCCAAAGCUCAUCAGCUCCCUCUGCUGGACAAUAUGCCAAUUCUAAGGGUGACAUGGAGGAUCUGAGUCAAGGGGAGCUGUCUAAGGAUGGACAUCCUCAAAACUAUGCUUCUUUUGGAGUUCGUCACAUUUCAUCUCAAGACAGUUUGAGCCACAGCGGUCCAUCACAUCAGGAUUCUGAAAAGCUUCACCAACAUCCAACAUGGCAAGAGGAUGCUCUGAAGGAACAGGCAGGUCAUCCUGUAGGAUUACACACACUGAAGAGUGUUCCUUUCUCUCAUGACAGUAAUACAACUAAGUGGGACUUUGAAGAUCGGAAGCCCCCUUCAGUGCAAGAAUUCAUAUCUAACUUACACCAAUUUGCUCAGCCAGUUCAAAAUGGCGAACGGCCUUCCCCUUCUCAGUUCUCUGCAGGCCAAGAAGAUCAACCACAAGCAUCUACCUCACCGCAACAUGGUCCAUCUUUGCUCAACAGCCUAAAGCCUUCAGGUCUCAUGAAACAAUCAGAUUCAUUUGCUGGGCCAGUGUUUGUACCUACUAAAAGAGCUCAAAGUGGCAUCAAGAGUGUUUACUAUUGUGAUUUGUGCUCUAAAAUGUAUUCAAGUGCAGGAGCUCUAUGGAAUCACAAACUCAUACACACUGGUACAAAACCCCACACAUGUACAGUUUGCAACAAACAAUUUUAUCAAUUAGCAAACCUCAAAUAUCAUGAAAAGACUCAUGGAGAAAAGCAGUGGUACACUUGCCAGACAUGCCGGAAAACUCUUAAAACAGAAUUAGGGUUGAAACUUCACUCAUUACAGCAUACUGGGGAAAAGCCAUACCUAUGUCCAUAUUGCAACAAACCCUUUACCACCUUGGGUGUCCUUGAGGCUCACGUUCGAAUACACACAGGUGAGAAGCCAUAUGAAUGCAGCUACUGUUUCAAAACUUUUGCCCAGCAGGGUACUUUAACUUGCCAUAUCCGACGUCACACAGGGGAGAAGCCAUUCUCUUGUAAAAUUUGUCAAAAGUCAUUUACUCAAAGGGCCAAUCUUAAUGAGCAUGUUAAGAGAUAUCACCCUGACCAAAUAGAACAGAAGCCGAACAUUCAUCAAAUGCAAGUUGCAAUGGCUGAACAUCACCAGCAAAUGUCUCAACUGUCUUCAACACCUCAUCCGCAACCAUCAGCCACACCAGGCCCUCAGCCCUCUUCCACACCCCAACUUCCGCAGCUUCAACAACCUCCUACCCCAGGGUUGCGACAGCCUCCAACACCUCAAAUGCAGCAGCCACUUACUCCUCAGCCUCAGCAGCCUCAGCACUCCGAGCAGAUAGCGCACCUUCAGGAUCAUCAACUUCAAUCUGUGUCUGUUCCACCACCUCAAGUUAGCCAGGUGUAGUUUACAGGCUGCCCUGCUGUUUGGACAGCCAGUAGGGCUCGCCUUCUUAAGCCUGCCUUUAUCUUUAAUCCAUUUUGCACCUCUAUAUAACGCAGUGUUAUAUUCAUCUCAAGUUUUACUUUUGCCUUACCUGUAAAUUUAAGAACAUUGGCAAUUUUAAAUGUUUUAUUUUGUUUUUAUUGACUUGUUUUUUGUUCUAUAAAAUUUAACAUAUUGAUUUAUGUUCUUGAUUGAAUUUUACUGUUACACUUUUACUUUGAUUAGGGUUUUCUACAUAGUUCUAUUCCAGUCAAAAUAAUCUUAACCAACAAAUGAUGUUGGAAUUUGUUAAAUGUCCUCAUUAUAAUAAAUUGUUUUCAUUUGAGUUUUAGCAAUAACAUAACAGCAACAUUUGUUUCAGUUGGAAUCACAAUGAAGUUGGAUUCUUGCGAAAUCAUUAAUGUAAGAGCCAUAUCUUAGCUACUCAGCCAUAGCACUGACUGUGCACUAGCUGCAAAAUUAAGAAUUCGUCAGAGUAAGCUUACAGCCAUUUGUGAUCCGGUGUUUGGUGCACCUCAUAGUAGGCUGUGAUUCAAAGUUUUAGAAACUUUUAAACUCCAUAUAUUUUAAGACUUGCCGACAAAUUCAUCUGGUUAACCUUACGGGUAUUGGUGUUUCCACAUCUGAAAAAUGUGCUAGUAUUAAUACGGCUUAAUCAUUAUUGCCAUUUAUUUCUAUCUCAUCUUGAUUGCAGUUAUGUGCUCUGGAUCUUACUUUGUACUUGCUUUUUGAAGCUUGACUUAGAGACCAUCAUGUCCGUCAUCUUUUGCAUGUAAUAGAAAAGAACUGGCUAAAUUGUUGCUAAUAUUUUGUUUUAUUGGUAUGGUUACAUCACUGUAGGAUCAUUAAUUCAACUCAGUGAUGUACAGUUUUACAUUUGUAUACGUGAUAAAAUGUGUAUAUUGAUCUUGAUCUCUGUAGGUUCUUGUAAACCUAGUUUUUUUAUCAUUUGCUUGUCAAAACAACUGUAAAAAUUUUAAAUUAUAAUUAAUUUUUAGUUACUUGUUAUUCUUUUAUCUGAUUCUAUGUAUUGGCUAUCUUCAACAUUUACAGGCUUAUAAGCGGUACCCCUCUCAGAAACAUUACCAAUUGUCAAGUGAAUGCACUUUUGUGUAAUAUGAGAAAAGGGUGUGGCUUGUGUGUGUGUAAAUAUGAAACUCUGUUCCUUCAUCAUGUGAAAUUUCUGAAAUUGAAGUUAAAAAUUGUUCAGUUUUGUUUUUAAAUGUUAGCUUUUAUUUUGUUAAUUUUUGAACUUGUGCAGGAUCAUUUUCAUUUUUGUUGCAAGCAGCUUCUUUGAAAUUCUCUCUGUUCUUCCAUUUGAUGGCAUGUUUAAGUUUUGAUAAUUUGAUUUUUAAACCUCAUCUUUUGUAAGCCUUUUUUUUUGUGUAUGUGUGUGCUGAAAGCAUUUCUUGGUACCUGAUGCACGGUGGAUUGUGGCUGCAUGAAGCUGUAUGGUAGGUUUACCUUCAGCCUUUUGUGUGGGUCUUAAAUUUUUAAAAGUAAAUAGAGCAUUUCUUCACAAUAUAGAGUAUGGGUUAGUUGGUACUGUUAGUAGAUGUGGUAGAUUAAAAUAUUUGACUUUGUAACAAAGAGAACAAUUAUCAAAUUCAUACCGUACCAACACAAAUCUCAUUAGAGCAAGACUUCUAGCUGAUUUUAUCUUUUGUUGGUCUAUCUGAGUGGGGGCAGGUGAAUUGGAAUGGAGUGAGAAAUGCAUAAUUGCAGCCAUAUUAUAGUCACACUGCACUCAUAGUGUUAAUAACACUUGUCAAGUAAAAUUAUUUAAAAUCUGAAUUGAUUUGCUAUUGAUCAAUGGAUCAUUUAUUUCAUGGAACUGGCCUGCCUUUAUGUUCCUAUUAUGUUUGCAGAGGAUUUUGUUCUCACUUAGUUGCAUUCUGUUGUUGAUGUUCAGUUAGGGUCCAGUUCCUUUGACCACAUGCAAGUGAUCAUUUUUUGUAAUUUUGUGGAGGUCUCUAUCUACUUUCAAAGAUGUGCAAGCCAUGUUAAAUCUGGAUUUAUUUGCUCUUUUUUUAAACACCUAAGUUGCAAUUGUUCUCUACCCCGAUUGAGAAAAUAUAGUUACCAUCUCAAAAGAUUAGAGCCCAGAAAUUUCUUUGGCUUUUAUCUAUUUUAAAUCAUUUCAAGGUUUUUGAGAGCAUUCAAGUGGUUGUAUUGUUUCCUCAUUUUGUCUUUGAUGUAAGUUCAAAUUUUGCAUUUGAGAAGUAGAAAUUUAUUUGACUCUGAUAUGUCAGAAAAAUAUAGAUAUAAAGAUACUUUACUGUGUUAGUUUUAAAUGUGUUUAGUCAGUCGCCUAUAAUUCCAACCUUAUGAAGUACUCAUGAAUUUAUGCUAUCUGCCAAUUUCUGUGUACUUACAAAUGCUUGAUUGCUGUUAAUAUACAUUUUGUUUUUUCAUCUCUUAAGAAGCUAUGGCUUUACCUGACCAAUGUUACAGAUUCUUCGCAGUGCUCAAAAUCAGCCCUGUUCUAUUUUCUUUUCCAUGUGAAAUACUGUGAAGUGCUAUUGUUCACAUACAGCACCAGAGCUAAUGAAUAUCUCAAAGAAAUGCACUGCUUGUUCAAGUGGGCAGUUCAUAGCAUCACCUAGGUAGUACUAAUUUGGACUAAUGUGUCCUGUGCCUUUUGAUCAUGACUUUACAUCUAUCGGCUUUGAGGAUGUCAACCUAAAUCUUAUUGCUUUCAUAUUGAUGUUUUCCUGACUUAAACAUACUUCUGGAAAUUCACAUAUGAAUGCAUUUAUGAGUUAUAGCUCACUCACUCAAAGGCUAUGGUGGAACUCUAAGCAUUCAGUUAAAUUCCUUCUCAUUUGUUAUUCAGUGUCAAUGUUAACAGUACUUCCCCUGUAUGCAUGUUUAGAAGCCAUCUUUUCUUGCCUCUGGCUCCGGUAUGAGAACUGUAGAUCUGAUUGCUACUUGUGUCAAGUUAUAGCUUGGUUGACAAGCAGCAACUGUAAUGAUAAUUUUAGAUGUUUUAUAUGUCAUUAGCAGUAGAUUGAAUAUACUCAGUACAAGCUCAAUUUUUUUUUCAAUAAAAUGAAAAUCUGUA